GUCUCCGGCCGUCCUGCGUGCGUAGUUUGAAGAAAUGGCGAUCUCCGGUCAUCUAGGAAGAAGACAACAACAGCAACAGCUGCAUCAGAGGUUUCCAGGGCGCGCCCCUCGAUUUCCGAUUAGAUUUUCUUCUUCUUCCUAUAGAAAGCUUCGUUUCAUCCUAAUUUCUCUCGCAUUCGUCGCUCUUCUCCCUCCCUUCUUCUUCCACUUCAGACUCCGCCGUUUUCAUCAGGCGCAAUUGAGAAGGUGUAGUUGGCUGAAAAGCCCUCCUCUUGUGUGUGCUCAUGGUGGUGACUCUACUAAUGCGUUCCCGAAUACAAUGGCAGCAUAUCGUUUUGCUAUUCGUUCUCAAGUAGACUGCAUUGAGAUUGAUGUUUCUCGUUCUUCAGAUGGAGUUUUGUUUGCUCUGCAUGAUAGGCAGGGAUUUGCAGCGGAUAUCUGGUAACAGCACAUCUAAAGUUGGGUACCUGAGCAUGAAAGAGAUAAAAGAACUGGAUGCCUCCUAUCAGUCUAACGAUCCCAAGAUUACCACUAUUGAAGAUGCAUUGACGUUGAUAUCAGGUUCAGUUCGGCAGGUGAUCCUAGAUGCAAAGGUUGGACCUCCAUCAUAUGAAAAGGGCCUUGCAAAGGAUAUUCUUUCUGUUGUUAAGAGGACACAGUGUAAAAAUUGCCUGGUAUGGGCUAAAAGUGAUAAUCUAGCUAGGGAUGUAAUCAAACUAUCAUCAGAUGUUAUGGUUGGCUACAUAGUCAUGAUGGAUCCCUUUACCGGGGUUAGAACCAACUUGUUGAGGAUGAAAGGUGCUCAGGUGGUUGGGGUGCACCAUCCACUGAUCGAUGAAAAGCUCAUGAGAAUCCUGCGUAGGAGAAACAAAAAGGUAUAUGCAUGGACUGUGGAUGACACUGAUUCCAUGGUAAGAAUGCUGCAAGAGCAUGUAGAUGCCAUUGUUACUAGCAACCCAAAUUUACUUCGUCAGAUCAUGCAAGACACCAGAACACAAUGUCUCGAAGAGGGUUAUUCUUUAACCCAAUAACCAUUGUCUUGCUUUAUGAGUACUUGGCAUUUCCUAUGGCUAUCGUAAGAUGUGUAUGUCAUCAACUUUUGCUUCAUUUGAUGUCAAAAUGAAUCAGCACAGAUUUUGUGUUGAUAGAUUACAAUGAUUCAUGAUCAGCUUACAUAAGUAUGAUGAAUUAAGGUUAACACUCCAU